CGGCGACUCGCGCGACCUUGGCCACGAGGCGUUUGUGAGAAGCCCGCGUGCCGCUUGGUGUGGCAUCAACAUGCGUUUCUACGGACGACGAUUUGAGCUGUAAAGCAGAUACUUAGUGAGCACCUGCUAUGUGUUUGGCACUGCUCACCUCUGAGGACGUAGAGAUGAAAUUCCCUUAAAUUUCUUAUUUCUGGUGACUUGUGUGACCCUGAGGAUGCUGAAAACAGGACUAUUUCAGAAUCACGAUGAAACCUUAAGGACCAGGUGCCUUACUAAGAGCGCUCAAAGCACAGCUAGAGCGGAAGCUGUCCUGAGUGCGCAGACAAGGGCCCAGCAAGAGCCACGCCCCUCCACCAUCGCGGGCCUAGCUUCGCGCUGCGCUGCGCAGACUCUGCGUUCAGGUCGGGAACUUCAUCCGCGCAGCCGCAGGGGUGGCCCUGAAGCAGAAGUAGAAUCUUUAGCGCCUAGCUUCUUGAGCCUGUUGGGUGCUAUGUCUGAACAAGAGCGCAUCCAGGAAUGCCUGAGGAAAGAAAUAAGGUCACUUCUCAUCUCCACCAAAGAUGGUUUGACCCCACAGCAGUUGGAAAAGGAGUACCUUUUGAUGGUUGGCAGCCAUUUACCACUCCGGGUUCUUGGAUAUCGGUCCACUAUGGAGCUGGUGUUGGACAUGCCUGAUGUUGUCACUGUCUGCCCUUGUGGGGAUGGUACUGUAAUACUGAAAGCCAUUCCAGAUGAAUCCACCAAAGGAAUAGCAAGUUUAGUUGCAAAACAGAGGAGCAACCAUAAGGUUCGAAAUUCCAUGCCAAGGGGAAGGGCCAGUGUUUGCUCUGGGCCGAGCUCCCGUCGGCGAGUACCUUACCGGGGAAGGGUGCCUCCCAUUCUUCCAGCUGUUGUGAAGAGUGAGUUGAAAGACCUGUUGGCGUUAUCUCCCGUUCUCCUUUCUGAUUUUGAAAAGGCAUUUUCCAGGCGAUUUGGACGUUCAUUCCAGUAUGUACAGUAUGGAUUCCUCUCUAUGUUCGAAGUACUUAAUGCUGCUUCAGAUGUCAUUUCAGUAGAGCAGACCAGAGCAGGUUCUUUGUUGAUGCUAAGGAAGAGCGUAACAGAGGAAAAGCAGAGAGGAUGGCCAGCAGGAGGUAAAAUGUUUACCCAGCCUUUUAGAAUGAAACAACAAAGGUCCUACCCUACAGUCUCCCCAGUCACAAAGGCACGCUUUUCGCAACCCACUUCAAACUUGGAACCACCGAAGCAAAUACUGAACGUGGAAAAUACUUUUAAGUCAAAUGUGGUAGAGACUUCAAGGCUGAAUCACGCUGAAAAAUUAAACCAGUUGGAGAACACAUUCAAAUCAGUUAUUGCACAAAUUGGGCCUGGAGGGACUAUCAAUCCAGAACUAAAACAUAAGAUAAAAUUGGUUGUAUCCAAAUUUCCAGAGGGUUUGCUUAUUUCUAAACUUCUUGGAGAGUUUGAGAUAAUCUUUAAAGAGCAACUUUCACCAAAAAAAUUGGGCUUCUUAAAUGUGACAGAACUCGUUGGAGCUCUUAGUGACAUUCUGCGUGUUGAGUUCAGGGAAGGAGAACAAGACUUACUGGUGUUUGAUGCUGAUAUGAAGCCACUCCCGCCUGAUGAACCCAUUUCAUCAGUCAAAAAUUCAUGUUUAGUUCAAUCAGAUAAGAAAAUAGAAGUCAAAGCUUGUGUCUCCAGCCCCCCUAGAAAUUCACUGUCUACUGCUGCUAUCAAGGAGACUGCCUGGGAUUGUCUUCCUAAAAACCCUAAAGAGCCAGAAAAGAAGAUUUGCAAAAAGCCUAAUCUGGUGGUAAAGCCUUUACAGCUGCAAGUGGAAGUUGAUAAGUCACAGCUCAGCCUGGCAAUUGCAAACCAUGAUAUCCCACCAGAUGCUGUACGGGACAAGAAAUUAUGCAGACUGCCACCAUUAGAUACCAGUACCCUUGUGGGGGUCUUUGUGGAGUAUAUCAUCUCUCCUAGUCAAUUCUACAUCCGAAUCUAUAGCAGGGAUUCAUCAGAGUUACUUGAAGACAUGAUGAUUGAAAUGCGGCGCUGCUAUUCCAAUCAGCUGGUUUCUGAUCGAUAUGCCAUGCCGGAGUAUUUUAUCCAGCCGGGACAUCUCUGUUGUGUCAGGAUUUCUGAGGAUAAGUGGUGGUAUCGGGUCAUUAUCCAUCAAGUCCUCGGGAAACAGGAAGUUGAAGUAUUCUACCCAGACUUUGGAAAUAUUGGAACUGUUCAGAAGUCCUCCCUAAGGUUUCUCAAGUGCUGCUACACAAAGCUCCCGGCUCAGGCCAUUCCUUGUUCCUUGGCUUGGGUGAGACCAGUACAGGAACACUGGACGUCCAGAGCUAUUUUGCAGUUCCAGAAGUUGUGUGGUUUAAAGCCAUUAGUGGGGGUAGUGGAUGAAUAUGUAGAUGGAAUCCUUAACAUUUUUCUCUGUGAUACAUCCUCAAAUGAAGACAUCUACUUCCAUCAUGUCUUGAGAACAGAGGGCCAUGCUAUUGUAUGCCGAGAAAAUGUCCCUUCUAAGGGUUUCAGAGAACUCAACCCUUUAGCUUUAUAUACUAACUCUGAUGCAGGACCAGAGGACGUGGUCCUGACAGAACUGGGUUAUCCUUCCCAGCAACGCUAUUUUAACAAAAACCGAGAGAUAAGUCCACAAUCAAAGGAGAGUGAGUUAUAUACCCUGCAGGAUAUUAAUGAUGAAAAGGCUUUCAGUCACCUUAAAUCUGAGUUAAAGGAGCCAUUAAAGGAUUCUGAAUUCAGUUCUUUGAAAACCCAAGAUAAGAGCUGUGGAGAAGAUCCCAAGUGGUCCUUCCCAGAGCUGAAGGAUCUGAAGGAAGAAAAUGAGGAUGAGAUCCCCACUGGAAUGCCAUGCCUAGAAUCAGUGACUAUUGGUGAUGAUGUUUGGGAUGAGAACUGGCUACCUUUGCAGGCUAAAAUGGGAAAAGGGGGUGAUGCUGCCUCCCACUUAUUUACCUCAAGCCUUGGUGGAAAGAAGCCUUAUCCGUCAUGUGAGGAAAUGCCGCAGAAGGAUUGGUGCUUUUCUAAACCCAAAGAUACAUGGGAUGAUUCAUGGCAGCCUUCAGGCCUUGUGAAUGGAAUGAAAGUAGAAGCUCAAAAGCAAGAGGGACUGGGUGCUCAGGAGAAAAAUACUGGCACAACCAGAAUUCAAAAGCAGCCAAGCUCAGAGAGUUCUUCAGACUCUUCCACAUUGCCCAAAUUGGAAGAGUUCUACAUCUCUCUUAUCCAGUCACAGCAGUCAGCAGAAGGGAGCCAGUUUGAGCCCAGCAGCACUCAGACUCAGGCAAAGCAAACCCAGCUACCCCCAGCAGCCUUCAGCGCAACCCCUACGGGGAUGGAUUCCCCAGAAAAACACUCUGGUUCAGUGGAGAGCUCUCCAGAGCGCCUGAAGAAUGAUUUUUCUAGUAGCCAUGCUAUUACAGUGUUCAAAGACAAGAGUCACGGAGCCAUGGACCAGCUGUCUUUGAUUUUGUCUCCUGAGCACCAGAUCUCCCAGAAGCUCUACAUUCCCCGGAGUACAGCCACUGCUGCCUUAGGAGCUGCUGCGCGGCUGGCCACAUCCAGGAGCCUCCUACAUUGGUAUCCCAUGUGAAAAGGAUGGAAACUUGAGGGAGGAAGUCGAGGAGAAAGCAAUAAGCCAGGUGCUUUAGGGCUUGAUGAUUUCCCAAGGCCAAAAUAAGGCGGUAUUGAGACAAAACAGUAUUUUGAUAGUUGAUGCUUAUGUCUUUCUGUGUGAUUGUAUGUUAGCUGUGUUAUGCUAACAGUCUACUUUGUUGUGUAAGUAUUGAUAUUUAAUGUUUUCAUUUUUAUUGUUUCUUCCCUAUAGUUUUGUUCACCUCAGUUUAAUGUAGUGUGAAGGAAUUCGUGUGUGUGUUUCUAUAAAUGUCUUUCUUGUACAUAACAUGACUGAUAAAUGAAAACUGGAAAACUGAUGUCUUGUGAUCCAUAUUUAGUAAGACAAAAAUGAUCUCUGAUUCUUCAGAAAAAGGAUGUCUGAAUUGUAAGGCUGCUUUUUUUUUUUUUUCUCAUUUGAAAUUUUCUAGAUCAUGGAGAUAAUCCAGAGCUCCACUUCUUACCAUUAUCAUUUCUUUAAAAUGCUAGGCUCAGUGAGAAAAUCCAUAUCCUGAGGCUUUGGUCGUGAAAGAACUUUCACAUUAAAAAAAUUAAGCUGUCUUUCAGUACAGGCAGUUUCUUGAAGACUCAUAAUGCAAUUCUAGAGACCGGUUGUUCACACUUAGCUGACUGAGCCUUCCCUGUAGGACUCACGGUUCCCAGGAGCUCCUGGGUGGUAGUCAUUCAGGAGGGUACUGUUUAAGCAUCUGUGUAACAUGAUGCUCUCUGAAGUCAAAUUGUGGGAAACGCUAUAGGACAUUUUGUUAAGUUCACAGAAUGAACCAUCAAGAACAAACAAGAGACUGAAAGGUGAAAUUAAAGAAUGUGAGUGAUACUAAUUUAAAUUCUUUGUGGUAAAAUACUAGACUUAUCCCCAAAUUUAAAAAAUCCAAUACAGAAUCAUUUCUUAGAAUUAAAAUUUGAGAAAGAGCUGUGAGUUACUGGUGUGCUACUUAUAACUAGAGUUUCACCUUUCUAGCCCCUCUUCUAGGGCUUCUAUUUCGGCAUUAAAUGCCAGAGCUGGCCCCUACUUCCUUUCUCUCUCUCUCUCUACAAUACAGGAUUUCUCUUCUUCUCAAGUACUUAAUCAGGAAAAUGUCCACUGAGGAAGAGAAUGAGAUGAGAGUAAAUUUAGACUAUUACUGGCUGGAACUUCUUAGGAUUAAGAAUCGUGAAACAAAGUUAAACCCAAAGUCUCUAAAUACUGAUGGCUUUUGGUUUAAAAACUUAAGAGAAAACAUAUUUAAUUCAAUAAAAUUUGAAAAUCCAGAUUCACCUUUAAUUCCAAUAUAUCUUUAAGAAUGAUAUUCUAAUUGACAAAAAUAAUAAUAAUAAUCUGGAAACAUCACGAUAGCUGGCCUAGUAGAAAGAGCAAGUUCCCAUUUGGGCUUUUGUGAUUUUAUAUCAGACAUCUUUAUUGGAGAAGACAGUUGAAAAGUUAUAUGGAGGGUCAGUGACCAGUUAAAUAUCCUACUCAACUGUGAUAUGAACUGGAAAAGUUCUGGUUUUCAUUGUAGGUUUACGUAAUCCACAGUUUGUUUCUAAAGAAAAAGAUUCAUUUUAGAAUCACACUUCUUAGAAUUCUUCCUUUAAAGAAACCAAGUGUGAAUAAUAUACUUGACUUCUCCAGAUGGGCAGUCAUUGGGCUUGGGGUGAGGUGAAUCUGGUAGAAGCGAUGUUUAUAUAUUUCGUCGGUUACACUGUAACUCUGUGUAAUGGCACUGAGCUAUCAGUAGGGAUUCUGCCAAUACUGGGUAACCUGAUGGGGAUUACAGAAUCACUGUGCUAAGGCUCUUUCAUAUUCCCAUCCUUUUGCAAAUGGCCAGAUGAUUAUUUAGACAGAGGCAUCUCUAACAAGUGUCAGUAUACUUUGUAAGAAGCCUAUUUGGCAAUUAAUAGUUAACAUCCUGAGUGAGCAGAGUGAAGAAUGAGCCUCUGAGAGGCUUGUACAUAUUUUGACUACUUGACUUUGACUGGGACGGCCAGUCUGCCAAUUUGUUUAUCCCAUAAGGUGGGUUUUGCUUGGUAGUUAACUAAAAUAGCCCAACACAUCAACAAAAUUUAGUAGAUCAUUUGAACGUGAGUAAAUAGAUUUAUGUAUAUGGGCAGGGAUAACAAUAAGAGAUGUUAAAACAAUAGGUAGCUGCUCUGUAGUUUAGGGUUAACUAUAUUUUAUUGUCUAAAGAUUGGUUGACACAUAUACUUAGAACAGACCCCGCCCCCUGUAUUUUUGUUGUUAAAGAUCUGUUAGAAGUGAUGGAGGUCCCCAAGUGUUGACUGGGAUGUGGGGGCCUGAGGUGUGUGAGAAGGAAUGGGUAUAAGAACAUAAAGGAAAAUUCUGGUUAUAAACUCUUUAGGGUUGGAAGAAGGAGUAGCUUUACUAAUAGCCAUUCAGGUUUUAAAACCAGUGGCUUGUAGCCAAUACCUGUCUUCCAUCUAAAAACACCCCACGGGAUAUCAAAAGGGGCCCUCCUCACUGCAGUCAGCCAUGCCUGGACUGACCCUUUAACUUGCAAACAUUUGAGAUGCCAGUUGCCCAGUUUAAGGUAUGAGGCUAACUAGAGGCUUCUGCCUACUGUCAGACUCUGUCUAACCUAGAGACUUAGAAUUGUAGAGUUUUGAUCUACAUCUUGAUGUUAGAUGAAGAAAUUUGAAGCCUAGAAAGACUGACUUGUCUAUGGUCACAUGCCUCAAAUUCCCUUAUCUGCUGACUUCUAGGGUCAGUGCCUUUUCCAAAGGAAAAUAUUGCAGCUCUGUGUUUUGUAAUUUAAAUGAUUUGGUUCCAGAAGACAAAGUUUACUACAUAAGUCCAAAAGAAUGGUGAUUCU